AUGAGUACAACGUGCAAGUAUUGUAGUGAACCAGAAAACAAACAGGAUCGUCCUGGCCUUGUUUGCGACACUUGUACAUGUUUUGUUCAUUUAUCUUGUUUAAAACGGCCAGGAACUCCUGGGGACUUUGCCUGCGAUGUUUUCUUUGAUUUUACAUGCGCAGACUGUUCUCAGAACUCAGAGGAAGUUUUAAGACGUAAUAAAUUUCCAUGGGUAAAUUGUUUAUUAUUGACAUUACACCACUUGAGUAAACAUAUGCAGGGAAUCAGUAACAAUGGUUUCUUUCACUAUAAGAUGCACAUUUGCUAUUUUGUUGAUAGAUAUUGGGUGCAGCUCUUUGGAAAUCGCUUCAAACAGAAAAAGAACUGGAUGGGUACUAUAGCAGGAGCAUUGUCUGUGUACAAUAAUCUAUUUUUCCGAUCUGGAUCAACCAUUUUAAAGGAGACAGGCUGGUGGCAAUUACAACAUAACUUCUCGCCUGCAGUUGCCUCACAUAUUUUACACGAGCUAUCUCAAGACAAACUGACACAAAAGAAGAGGCGGCAUCUGUUCUCAUGUGACCAAAGUUUAUUCAAAUCAAUAGUGACAAAAAUGGGUUAUCAAGAUUAUUUAAACAAUAAUCCAGAGGUGACAAUAGCUCAAACUACACCACAAGCCAUAGAAGAGAUGCCAAGCAAGAAACGACGUUUGGAUACAGACGAACAAAGUCGUGCUUCUACUUCAUCAGUCAGUGAGCCAUUUGAUGCUGAUUUGAGACAAUAUAUGGAGGAUAAUUUUGAAAGAGAUUUAACAAAUAAUCUGACAUACGUAACUGCGAGGGACAACUUCGCUGAUGUGGAUAGUAUAUUCAGUGAGUUUAGUGUCACACAAAACAAUGAAGCAAGUGAUGAUGUAGUCAAAGAGAGUGACUCUUCCAGCCUACACUCACACAAACUCCACUACGACUCCGACUCGCUCAGCUCGCACAACCACACAGAAUUUCAAUCUGACGACGAAAAAUCCAGAGAUGUAAAGAAAGCUGAAAGCAAACCCAAAAAACCUGAAGAGAAACCAGUAGUCAGAACCCACUCUCUUUUCUCAACCCUCCCGAACUCUACCGAUACGAUGCCGUGGCUUGAAAAAGAAAGUACUGAGGACACGUUAGAAUUAGUCUCCAUGACCGAGUAUGAAGAAGUCCAGCUGUUGAAGAAUAUAGAGAAUCUCAUACCCAAAGUGAAGGAAGCUAGUAAAAAGGCAGAAUUGUAUCAGCUAAAGGCGAAACUGUCCUUGAGGAGGUUAAAACGCCAUAAUCAUUUGCCAAUGUUCGAUUUGGAUAAGACGGUAAAACUAUUAGGAGGCUACGUGACAGAAGACCCUCGAGUCAUCAUGAACGCUGAGCGUAUCUUAGACAGGUUCCAGCGCUCGUACCUUAUAGACAAUCUAUGCGGUACAAUAUCUAAUACCAAUUUGGGCACGUUGCUACUGUCGCACAUCGAACCCACUACCUUCCGGUCGGCAUAUUCCGGCACUGUGCUGAAGCCGUUCAUUCGGAGAGACACCACUUCUACGCCCACUUGGCUGAAACUGACUGAUGAAUUGUUGAGGAAGACUAAUCGGCAUAUAAAAGACUACGAGCCGCCUCCUAGAGCGUCUAUAGACUAUUCCUAUAUCCGACCGCAACAUAUAGCCGCCAUAAACAAUUUAUGUGCGCAAUUCUUCUGGCCCGGGAUAGAUGUGUCGGAGGCGCUGCAGUACCCGGAGUUCAGCUGCGUGGUGUCGUACCGGCGCGUGGUGGUCGCGUUCGCGCUGCUCGUGCCCGACGCCGGCGCCGGCGACUCGUACGUGUCCUUCGUGCUCACGCGCCCCGAGUGGCGGCGCGCGAGGAUCGCCUCCUUCAUGCUGUACCAUUUGCUGCAGACUUGUACAGACCAAGACGUGACACUACAUGUAUCACCAACCAACCCGGCAAUAUUCCUAUACCAAAAAUUUGGUUUUAAACCGAUUCCGACCACGGCGGCCAAUCUCAAUGAGAUUAGCCAACUGCGCAGGAGAUAUUAUAGUGCUCAAGUGUACGCGCAGACACAAGUGCACUCUCUAUUCCUAUCACUCUCAUACUCCGGUGGGACGACCACUCGACACGACCGG